GUGGUGAGAGUGUGAUAAGAAGAAAUAGAAAAAGAAGAAUUCGACGGCAGCAAAGAUGAGUUCCGGUAUCGGAAGUUUAGUGAAGGUCAUCUUUAAGAACUUCGACGUCAUCGCUGGACCUGUGAUUAGCUUGGUAUAUCCUCUAUACGCAUCAGUGAGGGCAAUAGAGUCGAGGAGUCAUGGAGACGACAAGCAAUGGUUGACGUAUUGGGCUCUCUAUUCACUUAUCAAACUCUUUGAGCUCACUUUCUACAGAAUCAUCGAUUGGAUCCCGUUAUAUCCUUACGCGAAGCUAGCUCUAACUAGUUGGUUGGUCUUACCGGGCUUGAGCGGGGCUGCUUAUCUCUACGAGCACUAUGUGCGUUCAUUCCUUUUAAGCCCACAUACUGUUAAUGUAUGGUACGUGCCAGCCAAGAAAGAUGAUGGCGACUUAGGAGCAACCGCAGGCAGAUUUACUCCUGUAAAUGAUUCCGGCGCUCCUAAUGAGAAGAUUGUGAGCUCGGUGGAUACAUCAGCAAAAUAUGUUGGUCACUCGGCCUUUGAUGACACCUAUAGCUACUAGUUCCUGACGUGGUUGUGAUCUUUAAUAUCGUGACCAAUCAUAGUAGUGUAUCAUAUACUUUGUUUUCUCCUUUUCCGUUUUCUGAGUUCUUUAUGAUAAGUUGUUGUUACUGUUGAGAAAUUUUAAUAUCGAAUAAAAGACUUUUACUCUUAA